CAUUUAUCUGAGUUUGAAACCCUAAAUUUGGGAGUGCUUGCGUUUAGAGAGAUUCGAGAAGAAAUGUAUGGAAGAAGAUCUGGACUUGACAGGUUUAAGAAGUCCGAAACCUCGGAACCAUUCUCUGUAUCAGCAAAUCCUCCUCCGGCGACGGCAUUGUCGGGGAAAACUCAGAUUGGAGCUGGUCAAUCAAACUGGCAUCCACCUGAUUGGGCGAUUGAGCCUCGUGCCGGUGUCUACUCUCUGGAGGUUGUGAAAGACGGCCAGAUCCUUGAUCGGAUUCAUCUAGAUAGACGGAGACAUAUCUUCGGGAGACAACAUCAGACUUGUGAUUUUGUGCUUGAUCAUCAGUCUGUUUCACGCCAACAUGCCGCCGUUGUACCUCACAAGAAUGGUAGUAUCUUUGUGAUUGACUUGGGAUCAGCUCAUGGUACCUUUGUUGCUAAUGAGAGAUUGACUAAGGACAAUCCUGUAGAGCUUGAAGUAGGUCAAUCCUUACGAUUUGCUGCCUCUACAAGAAUCUACCUUUUGAGGAAGAACAGUGAGGCUCUCUUUUCUCGCCCUCAGAUUAAGCUUCCCCCACCUCCUGAUGCUUCUGAUGAGGAAGCUCUUGUUGCAUACAAUACUUUGCUUAAUCGAUAUGGUUUAAGCGAUGGAUUAUCGGGUUGUGUGUUAGGUAAAAGGAAAGAGAAGACCGGAUCAGAAGCCGGAGUGGCUAAGAGGAUGAAGAAUGUGAGAGUGAGCUUCAGGGAUCAACUAGGAGGAGAGCUGGCUGAGAUUGUUGGCAUGUCAGAUGGAGCAGACGUGGAAACAGAGCCUGGUCCUAUAAAUGUCAAAGAAGGAAGCCUCGUUGGGAAAUAUGAAUCACUGGUGCAAGUGACACUCAUACCCAAAGGCAAAGUGAAGGAAGAGAAAGCCUUUACAGGAACCAGAGGUGUGACGGAUCGACUCCAGGAAGCUAUGAAUAUGUUAAAAGGGGGUCCAAAAAGAGGGAUUUAUGAUGAUCUUUACGGUGGUGACUCACUUGCCAAGGCCGUUGGUACGUCAUGGGCUUCUGUGAGUGAACCACCGUCUAAAGUUAAAGAAGAAACUGAAUGCAGAGGGGGCAUUGAGCGAUAUGGAUUGGAGCUGAGUGUAGAUGAAUUGCUUGAGUUUGAUGCUUUUGAACAUGUCUACAAGAGGAAGCAAAGUUGGUUACUCGGAUUAGAGAGGAGGAAUCAAAAGAAGAGAAGGAAUAGGAAGAAGAAGAGGAAGAAGCGAAGAAUCCUCCAGAAUCUAGCUCAAGCCUUGGAAAGGCUACGGAUAUCUUGCAUGAUAGAGAACAGAACAACAAGAUUGGCCUUGACGCUGAAGAAAAGUACUUUGGUGAAGAAGACUAAUGGACACUGUCAAAUACCAUACUUUGUCUAUAGGCAGGCGUGGAAGCGACUUGGACAGAGGACAUUAUUUUAUUUUGUCACGAAAAUAUAUCAGCAUCCUCUGCUAAUGGAGAUACAAUUAGUGUUGCUGGAGGGAAAGUCUCAUAGGAUGGUGUUGUUGAGAGUUUUGAUAAAAACGAACGAAGAGGCUGCUAUGGAUGCGUUUGAUAAUGGACUUGUGGGCCAAUGCAAAUGGAGUGCAUUGAUUUUGACCAUUACUGACUUACAAUUCUCUCCUCAAGGCAGACCAAUUCCAUCAGAAGAGGACAUUUACACCAUUUGGAGACUCAGUCCAUGCGGGGAGCAACAAGUGACGAGGCCGGGACCCUUGUUGCCAUUCAACUCUUUAUGUCAAUUUGAUCAUUACCACUUUAACAUUUCUCUCUCUCUCUCUCUUCUCCUUCUUCCUCCCUCAUAUCAACCUUUGAGCACACCAGUUUUUCAUGAGAAGUCUAAGAUGAAGUUCAUGAAAAUCGGGACAAAGCCUGACACUUUCUACACUCAAGAGGCUUCAAGGAUUUUGAUAACAGACACACCCAACGAUCUCGUUAUUAGAAUCAACAACACCACUUAUCAUCUUCACAGAUCUUCUCUUGUUCCAAAAUGUGGGCUGUUGCAAAGGCUUUGCACUGAUUCAGAGGAGUCUGAUACUGUUACCAUAGAGCUGAAUGACAUACCUGGGGGUGCCGAUGCUUUUGAGCUGUGUGCUAAGUUCUGUUACGGCAUCACCAUCAACCUCAGUGCUCAUAACCUUGUGAAUGUGCUCUGUGCCUCCAAAUUUCUUCGGAUGUCUGAUUCUGUUGAGAAGGGAAAUCUGUUACCAAAGCUUGAAGCUUUCUUCCACUCCUGCGUUCUCCAAGGUUGGAAGGACUCCAUUGUCACUUUGCAGUCCACUGCCAAAUUGCCAGAAUGGUGUGAGAAUCUUGGAAUCAUCAGAAAGUGUGUAGAUUCAAUUGUGGAGAAGAUCCUUACUCCAAUUGCAGAGGUCUCCUGGUCUCAUACAUACACCAGACCAGGCUACGCAAAGAGACAGCACCACUCUGUUCCAAGAGACUGGUGGACAGAAGACAUAUCAGACCUUGACUUGGACUUAUUCCGCUGUGUUAUCACAGCAGCAAGGUCAACCUUCACGCUGCAGCCUCAGCUCAUUGGUGAAGCUUUGCAUGUAUAUACCUGCCGUUGGUUACCAUACUUGAAAUCAAAAAGCCAUUCAGGUUUCUCAGUUAUAGAAAACGAAGCAGCACUGGAAAGGCAUCGGCGUCUUGUUAACACAGUUGUGAAUAUGAUUCCUGCCGAUAAAGGUUCGGUCUCAGAAGGUUUUUUGCUGAGACUUGUUAGCAUUGCUAGUUUUGUGGGAGCAUCUCUCACAACAAAGACUGAGUUGAUUAGAAAAGCUGGUCUACAACUUGAGGAGGCAACUCUUGAAGACCUCUUGUUGCCUUCACACUCAUCCUCUCAUCGCCAUCGCUAUGAUACCGACUUGGUUGCUACAGUUCUUGAAAGUUUUUUAAUGCUUUGGAGAAGACAAUCUUCUGUACAUCAUUCUAGUAACAACAGUCAGUUGCUGCAUUCAAUCAGGAAAGUGGCAAAGCUUAUUGAUUCCUAUCUUCAGGCAGUCGCACUAGAUGUCCAUAUGUCAUUUUCCAAAUUCGUGUCUCUUGCUGAGGCAGUGCCUGACAUUGCACGCGAGAGCCAUGACAGACUUUACAAAGCCAUCAACAUAUAUCUCAAGGUGCAUCCCGAGAUAAGCAAAGAAGAGAAGAAACAACUAUGCCGAAGUCUUGACUGCCAGAAAUUGUCUGCAGAGGUACGUUCACACGCUGUGAAAAAUGAGAGGAUGCCAUUAAGAACGGUCGUCCAAGCCCUCUUCUUCGACCAAGAGAGCAGUUCCAAGGGAGCAUCAAAUCGAUUAGAGAGACAAGAAACCGUCUCAAGAAGUAAAGAGACGCCCGUGGAUACACAUAUGCACAAGCUUCACCUAGCUCCAGAUGAAACAGCUUCUUUAGGGAAAGCUAAGAAUAUACUUGAGGGAGGAGGCAAAAGAGGAGAAGAGAAAAUUAGAUCCAGUACAGACCCCAAGAAGAUAGUGCGUGAACGAAGAGGGUCAGAGCAUAAGCAUCAUAUAAGUAGAGACAGGUAGUGGACUAAACGUCUUAGGCCACAGAUUUCUGCUUCUUUUAUUUUUCUUUUCUAAAAAGAAUUGAUGAUGAUUGUAGAACCCAGUGGCAUAAUCUGUAUUAAGACAGUGCAGAGCUCAAGCUCCUGCGCAACCAUUCUCGUGUAGCUUAUAUCUUACGAAAGCGAUUAUGCAACUACCAUGAGCCAUCUUUGUUUCAAACGUUUCCCAUUUCUCACCUGGAUUGCCUAAGAAAUCAAACAUUACUCC